AUGGCACCCAAGAACAACGCCAAGGGCGGCGACAAGAAAGCCGGCAAGGGCAAAGGCAAAGAAGCCGCCGAUGACACGGGCAAAGGCAAAGGCGGGAAGGGAGGAUUGAAAGCAGCGAAUGCGCUCAACGUGCGACAUAUUCUUUGUGAGAAGCACUCCAAGAAAGAAGAGGCGCUGGAGAAACUGCGCAACGGGGCCAAGUUCGACGAGGUGGCUCGCGAUUUCUCGGAGGAUAAGGCAAGACAGGGAGGCUCGCUCGGGUGGAAGACGCGAGGCAGUUUGGAUGGCACGUUCGAAAAGGCUGCGUAUGAGCUGGAGCCCAGUACGACGGGGAAUCCCAAGUACGUAGAGGUCAAGACGGGGUUUGGGUAUCACAUCAUCAUGGUGGAAGGGCGGAAAUGA